UGGCCUGGUGGUCACGUGACUCCCAUCCUAGAAUACCUGUGAAAAGUCGCUAAAAGUCAGAUUUCUGAGGCUAGCUAUCACCUAUUCAUUUUCUGUUCAUUAUAUUCAUUAUUUAUUUAUCGAAAUUGUUUCUUAACCCUGUUCAUAAUUAUUUAGUUAUAACUUAUUUUAUAACUGCGUGAUUAUUAGUCAGCGAAUGUCGCUUUGUCUAAUUGUUAGCUAACUGUGCGGCAGAAAAAUGGCGACUAAUGGUCGUGAGGAGGAAAGCACCGCUGCCGCUGCCGAUGCUGCGAUCUGGAGGCAAAGGCUGCUCAAAUGCUGGAACUUUGUCCUGGUCAACAAGUUUUUGUUUCUAAGUCUGUUGGGGGUUGCUGGUGGUGUCAUUCUGGGCUUGAUUCUGAAGACCUACACACAUUUAACUUCAGUCACCCGGCACUACAUCGGCUUUCCUGGAGAAAUACUCAUGCGGAUGCUUCAGGUGGUUACUGUUCCUCUUAUUGUAACCAGUGUGGUUGUUGGUGUUUCUGGUCUAACUGUCAGAGCAUCCAGAAGAAUUGCCAUUCGUGCAGUGAUAUAUAUUAUGUCAAGCUCACUGAUAGCUGUGAUCACAGGAAUGAUAUUGGUCGUGAUUAUCAAGCCAGGAGUCGACUACGUUGAGGAUGAAGAGCCAGAAGGUGAGGAAGAUUUCUCCACCGUCGAUGCCCUGCUGGAUCUGUUAAGGAACAUGGUCCCACAGAACUUGAUUCAGGCUUGCUUCCAACAGUACAAGACUUCCACAGUGGUGGUGGAAAAUGAGGAUGAUGACCAAAACUCCACCGUGGGAAUGAAUGCAACAGAUGUGCAGCUCGUGGGCCAAUAUGUUGAGGGAACCAACAUGACGGGCCUGAUCAUUUGGGCUUUUAUUUUUGGCCUCGCCAUUAACAGGAUAGGAGAGACGGGGGACGCCCUCGUGGAGCUCCUUACUGUCAUUAAUGAGGCCACAAAGAAGAUUUUCAACAUGAUACUGGGAUAUCUGCCCAUAGGAGUGCUAUUCAUGGUCACAAGCCACGUUGUUGAGGUUGAGGACUGGGAAACUGCUCUGAGUCUUGGAAAGUUCAUGGGAGUGGUUAUUUUCGGGCUUCUGAUCCAUGGCCUGGUGAUUCUGCCAAUGAUCUUUUUCAUGUUUGUGAGGCGUAACCCUCUCCCUGUCAUGAGAGCGGUCACCCCGGCCUUAGUCACUGCAAUGCUGAUCUCAUCCAGCUCUGCUGCACUACCCCUCACGUUUUUGUGCUGUGAGGAGAAACUGAGGAUCAACAGAAAAGUCACUCGCUUCAUGCUGCCCAUCUGCACCAACACCAACAUGAACGGAAGCGCCCUUUACGAAGUGGUCGCAGUAGUUUUCAUCGCCCAGCUCAACCGCAUCAAUCUGAACUUGAGCCAGUUAAUUACCAUUGCUGUGACAGCAGCAGCCACCAGCAUCGGCGCAGGAGGGAUCCCAGCUACAGGAGCAGUGACCACUCUCUUUGUUCUGACAGCGGUCGGCCUACCUGCUCAGGAUGCCUCUAUUCUGGUGGCUGUAGAAUGGCUCCUUUCCAAAGAUCUCAGCGAGUUCCUGAAGUCCUGCAAGGUAAACCCCAAGAAUCAUUACUUAAAACACAAAGGAAGGACCACGAAUAAUGCAAAGAGCAUGAAACUGUAGUGAUAUUAAACUAUAAUGUUGUUUUGCGUAUGGAGGCUAUCCCGGCAUCAAAUUAUCCAAGUGUGUUGCGUCAUAAAUCCAGUUCUGCAUUUUGUAAGAAAUCAAACUCUUUGACUCUUUUUACAGUUCAGCGAGUUGUGAUGAUUUUUAAUGAUGUAUAGACCUCUGCCUUCAAAGGUGUACAUGAAUCCCUGUGAGCACUACGGGCAUGCUUCGACUCGUUAAACUAAAGACAUGCCACCAUUCAGUUGCUUGUAGACCACCUUUAGCAGCAGUAACUUGAAGUAACUGUUUUCUGUGUGGCUUUAUCAUCUUUAGUGUCACUGUGGAGGAAUUUCAGCCCACUCUUUUCAACAAUGCCGCUUCAGUUCAUUCAGGUUUUCAGGCAUUCAUUUAUGCACAGCUCUUUUUCAGCCCAGUUUUAGCUGUCGGCAGAUGGCCUCACAUUCGACUCUAGAGUAGUUUGAUAUACAGAAGAGUUCAUGGUCGACUCAAUGACUGCAAGCUGCCGAGGGCCUCUGGCUGCAAAACAAACCCACAUUUCGGUUCAUAUUUGUAUUGAUGUGCUAUGUUUAGCUGUUCAUGUGUUUCAGGGUUAAGGCUCAUUAUCAGAGUUUAGAAAGAACGAUUUGCUGACUGACUGCGUUCUGUGGUCAUUCUGUGCC